AGAAAAACCGUGUGAACCUCAGCACUGUCUCGCAUUCCCUCUCUCUCUCUUUCACCCACACUGCAGAUUAAAAAGAAGCAGAUUCUUUGCGAUCUAAUAAUCCCUCUCACUUUUUUUGCUUUGCUUGUGGUUCUUCAUUCUGGAGAUAGCCCACAGCUCUCUUUUCUUAUUUCUCAAUUGAACUUUGCCCAGUACAGUUUCUCAUUGAAACCCAGUUUGAUCAGUUUUCCAGUGUUUCUCUUUAAUAAGUUUUGUAGUGUUUUGUGUUAUUAAUUCGAUUGAAUACCGCCUUCUGAUGGUAGCAACAAAACUGAUUUAUUUUUAGUAGGAAAUUUGACGUGAGAUUGACUAGGAUAAGGAGAUUUGUGUGAAACGGUUUGUGAAGAAGGAUCGUAGUACUAAAUAAGGAUGAGGGGAAGAUCCAAUGGAGGCCAAAAGAAGAGAUUAAUCACCUUGGUCUGUGUUGUGGCCAUCUUUCUUGGUUUCCUCUAUGUAUAUUAUGGAUCUAUUUUUGGGUCUUCAAGCAAUGGUGCUUCAGCUCUAGAGUAUGGUAGCAAAUCUCUGAGAAAGUUUGGAUCGUCUUAUUUGGGUGGGGAUGAUGAAGCUGAUGGCAAGCAAUAUGAAUCUUCAACAAAAUUUGGACUGGAGGAUGGAGAAGAUGUCACACCAAAAACUUUCCUGGUUUGCGAUGAUCGACAUUCGGAACUCAUUCCUUGCUUAGACAGAAAUAUCAUAUACCAAAUGAGAUUAAAGCUUGAUCUAUCGGUGAUGGAGCACUACGAACGCCACUGCCCCCCUCCUGAAAGGAGAUACAAUUGCUUGAUUCCUCCUCCUGCGGGAUACAAGAUCCCAAUUAAGUGGCCUCAAAGCAGAGAUGAAGUGUGGAAGGCAAAUAUUCCUCAUACUCACCUUGCACAUGAAAAGUCUGACCAGAAUUGGAUGAUUGUUCAAGGUGAAAAGAUAGUAUUUCCAGGAGGAGGCACCCAUUUUCACUAUGGAGCUGACAAGUAUAUUGCUUUGAUUGCAAAUAUGCUCAACUUUUCGCACAACAAUUUAAAUAAUGGAGGGAGGAUUCGUACAGUUCUUGAUGUCGGUUGUGGCGUUGCAAGUUUUGGAGCAUAUCUUCUUUCUUCUGAUAUCAUAACAAUGUCGUUAGCCCCCAAUGAUGUGCAUCAAAAUCAAAUCCAAUUUGCCCUGGAAAGAGGAAUUCCUGCAUAUCUUGGUGUUCUAGGGACCAAAAGGCUCCCUUACCCAAGCAGAUCAUUCGAACUUGCUCACUGUUCUCGCUGUAGGAUUGAUUGGCUUCAAAGGGAUGGGAUUCUUCUUCUUGAGCUAGACCGGUUACUUAGACCCGGAGGCUAUUUUGCCUACUCGUCUCCAGAAGCUUAUGCACAAGACGAAGAGGAUCUCCGGAUAUGGAGGGAGAUGAGCACCCUUGUGGGACGUAUGUGUUGGAGAAUAGCUGCAAAAAGGAACCAAACUGUCAUUUGGCAAAAGCCUUUAACAAAUGAUUGUUAUAUGGAACGAGAACCUGGUAAUCCACCCCUCUGCCGGUCUGAUGAUGAUCCAGAUUCAGUUUGGGGUGUUCCAAUGGAAGCUUGUAUCACUCCUUAUUCUGAUCAUGACCAGAAAGCCAAGGGAAGCGGUUUGGCUUCUUGGCCGGCCAGAUUGACAUCUCCUCCUCCAAGGCUUGCUGAUUUUGGUUAUUCGAACGAAAUGUUCGAAAAAGACACGGAAACUUGGCGCCGACAGGUAGAGAGUUAUUGGAAUCUCUUGAGUCCUAAGAUUGAAGCCGACACUUUGAGAAAUGUGAUGGACAUGAAAGCAAACCUGGGAUCUUUUGCGGCUGCUCUAAAAGACAAGAAUGUUUGGGUGAUGAAUGUCAUCCCGGAGGAUGGACCGAACACACUUAAGUUGAUAUAUGACAGAGGUCUCAUUGGCACUACACAUAGCUGGUGUGAAGCCUUUUCCACAUACCCUCGAACGUAUGAUUUACUCCAUGCCUGGACCGUCUUUUCGGAUAUUGAGAAGAAAGGCUGCAGUGCUGAGGAUUUGUUACUCGAGAUGGAUCGUAUUCUCCGGCCCAACGGUUUCAUAAUCGUUCGGGACAAACGACCAGUGAUAGAUUUCAUAAGGAAGUAUUUAUCGGCUUUGCACUGGGAGGCAGUAGCAACGGCUGGUUCUGGUUCGGAUUCAGAACAUGAAGGGGAUGAAGUCGUGUUUAUUGUCCAAAAGAAAUUGUGGCUCACAAGUGAAAGCGUCCGGGAUUCUGAGUAGAAUAUUUUAGCAUCACCUUCUUCUGCAGCUUCGAGGUAUUAAGAAGCUCUCCCAUUACUAGUCCAGUAAACAAUCUCAUUUUGUAGCAUUAACCAAUGGUUCAAAUGCUAUUCUUGUAAUGAAUUACAUGAGAAACCAUGAAUUGAUUACCAUCUAUAGAGGCUAUUCUUCAAACAAGUAAAAAAGAACUAGUCUACUUUGGUGCCGUCCAAAGCUUCUUUGGCAAAUCGGUAACUUACCGAAUGCUAUGUUACUCCGACUCUUCGUUGUACUUGAAAUACCGGUGUCAAAUAUCAUGUUUGAUGCAUGUCCAAAGAUAGGUACAAGGAUCAUUUCUAGGAACAUAAACCAUAUCCGUGUCGAAAAACAUAUCAGAUUUCGGACAACAUGAAGUGGCCUAUAUGAUGCCCCAUGAAUGACUAGUGAUGACAAGUUGCUUC